CCAACUGCUUUGCAUGCGGUGUCUGUUACAUCUGCUUCAGAUUUCGUGUGAGUGGACGUAUAAAAGGUCGUGGGGCUUACGGACACAGCUUCACUGCAGUUGACGAAAUCAUCUUAGCGAAUCCACUCGAGUCUUAUCUUGGAGAUAAACCUGAGCAAACGAUGGCAUUCGCCGGUGUUCUGAAAGACGCUGACAUCACUGCAGCCCUCGCAGCCUGCAAAGAUGCUGACUCCUUCAAGUACAAGGAUUUCUUUGCCAAGGUUGGCCUGUCCGGCAAGUCCACUGAGGAGGUGAAGAAGGCUUUCUUCGUUAUUGACCAGGACAAGAGUGGCUUCAUUGAGGAGGCGGAGCUCAAGCUGUUCCUGCAGGUGUUCUCUGCUGGAGCCAGAGCCCUGACAGAUGCCGAGACCAAGGCUUUCCUCAAAGCCGGAGACGCUGAUGGUGACGGCAUGAUCGGAUUGGACGAGUUUGCUGCCCUGGUCAAGUCAUAAAUAUGAACUUCCUGAUCCCAGCCCCUCUGUCUUCAAAUCAACACUUUUAUACACAUGUCCUUUGCCUUGUCCACAGAAUGCCUUCCUGUCACGGUGAUUAAUUUAAACCUAUGGCUGUGUCACUCCUCUGUCCUAGUUCCAUGAGUUUUGCUGAUAUUUUCAGAUCAAUUAUGCACUUUUCUGGAUAUGGACGGAUGAUAAGAAAAGAAUAAACUUUCUUUUUCAGUA